AAUUCAAUUGAAUAGAACAGAAAACAAGAUCUAAAAUGGCGUAAUAGCGUGCUGCUUAAUCGACAAUUCAGAGCGACACCGAUAACGCAUAUUGUUACCUGAUAAUAUCAGUCGAUAGAGCGUCGCUACAACCAAUACCAGCCAUUCUCCUCGCAACUGAAAGGCAUCAUGAUUCGAGAACUAAGUCCGGAGUUGGCGCACAUUGCUAAGACUGAGUUGAACGAGGACCCCAAGCAAACACCUAAAGACGUUCAGCAUUUAAAGGAAUGGAUCUUGAAGCAGUCUCAUCUUAAAGCUAGAACAGAUGACCAAUGGCUGGUUGCGAUGCUGCGAGGCUGCAAGUUCAGUCUGGAGAGGGUGAAAGAAAAGUUGGACUUGUACUACACGCUGCGGACAACCUCGCCUGAAGUCACACUCAGAUUGAAACCGACACAACAAGCUUUUAUUAAUUUCUUAAAAUUAGGAACAUGUAUAAUUUUACCGAAAGCACCAACUGGCUUGCAUCCGCGUGUAAUUCUCAUCAGAGCGGGCAGAUACGACCCGGAGAAGAACAGUGUUGCAGACAUCAUGUGCAUUUUGUAUUAUAUGGUUCAAAUAUUGGUAAUGGAAGAUGACUCUGCGUCAGUGAUAGGAACGAAAAUUGUCGUAGAUUAUGAAGGCACGACCCUCAAUCACUUAGUGCAAGCCAAUGUCACCUUACUUCGGAAAAUUGUCGCUGUUAGUCAGGACUCCCUACCUCUCAGGCUGAAGGGCAGCCAUCACUUGAAUGUGCCCUCAGGUAUCGAGACUAUCUUCAAGCUCGUGUCCGCAUUUAUUAGCGAAAAAGCGAAACAACGGCUUAAAAUACACAAGAGUAUAGAUGAAUUAUUUGAACACAUGCCUAGAGAUGUCAUACCACCUGAAUAUGGUGGAACCGGCGCUACAGUAGCUGAAAACAUUGAAUAUUGGGCUGCAAAGAUGAAAGAGUACAAGUCUUGGAUGGAGGUUGAAGAGAAGCUCGGCACAGACGAGACCCGACGAUUUGGUGCUCUCCCGUCUGACGAGGCUGGUGCUAAGGGAUCUUUUAGACAAUUAAAUAUUGAUUAACGUAGAAAUAUAUAUUUAUUUAAAUCUAUUCAGCGAUCAACAAAUUAUAUCAGUAGAAAAUUUCGAACAAUUUAGCAUUUGCUUGUGUGAAAUUGUGACAUUUUCAUAUAAAUUUCGGCCAUCUAAUUGAUAUAGACAUCUCUUUAAUUGAGAAGAAGAGAGAAUAAGUCAGGAUGUAAAUUAGAAAAUGUAUUUUCUCUAUGUACUAAAUUGUCAUUUUUAAAUAUAAAUCUAAAAUUUGGCUUGCACAGUAUUAAAGUUAUUUUAAGGAAAAUGUGUCCAUGUUAAUUCCAAAUAUAGUAAGAGUAUUGAGAAAACAGUGUAACUUCUGCAAAGUGUAAACGCAGCGAGGUAACCUAAUGAUUUAAACAGAACUUUAUAGAUAUGUUAAAUUAUCUUUGUGUAUA